AUGCCCCCCACCUCAGAUACUAGGAAACGCGCGGUGGCUCGGAUCCUCCACCGACUUUCCAAACUCAAUGAAGAGAUUUUGACCAUUUCGCAGUGUCAAAAGAUAGGCGUCAACGUUGUUUCUAUCAAGCUGGAAGAGCCUUUGACCCCCACCCAACACCCUCAGUAUUUUCGGGCCAUACCCGAAGCUUGGUUUGCCCAACAUCCUAUCAAGCCUGAUUACAGACGGCUUGUCGAGCAGCGGACUCCACACCUACUGUUGCUUGACGAGUAUGAUGCUGAAGUGGCUUCCAAGACUGGUCCUGAGGCAACCAUCGACGAGCGUUUAGCGGCUGAGCCUCAGGCCCGUGUGCAGCAAAUCGAGAUGGUCUUAAACCAUCACAUCUGGCAUGCUCUACGAGUCGACAUGCCAAAAAGGCAAUCAGUGUUGAUGCGAGCUAGAGAAUGGAGCUACGUCAGCAUGGAUGACAGUCCUACUCUGUCUGAGAUAUACUUGGGCUAUGGACCGUUAGGCGGCCGAUCAGAACACCCGUUGUCCGCACUCUUCGAGGUCGAUCAUCAGAGAUUACCGCAUGUAACGAUGGCUGUCGAACAUUACAGCGAGGAAGAAGCUGGCGACGACAUCCGAGCACAUGAGUUGGCUUACAUCCUUCUGGCGAUGCAAGUGCGGUACUCUCAGCCUGAAUUCAGCGAGUAUAAGACAAUCCCGGUUCUACUUCUAUCCUUCAUGACUCCACAGCACGGGAGGAUCAUGGAGGCGUAUCUAGAGGACGGAAAACUCACACUAGGAGUCAGUCGUAUGUACAGCUUCAAAAAGAACAGUGAGGCUCCGUUUGAGCUGUUCGAAGGUUGGCUUCUCAGCGACCCAGUCGGCCUCACAAUGUAG